GAAAUAUUUACUAAUAAUGCCAGUCAGGACAAGAUCCCUAAGGAAUAAUAUCAAUUCCAAGAAAUUCUCUCAGAUUGAUGUCGUCAAUUCUGUUGUUACAACAAAAAGAACUGCUAAAAACUCUCGUAAAUCUUUAAACAAGAGUAAAGGCAGAAAGAGGUAUUCCUCUCCUGUGAUUAAGGUAGUCUCUCAAAGGAGUCCCAAACCUUUCUCUAAAUUCAUCAAGGGAUACACUCUCUCAGAAGGAAAGAAAUAUUUUGCUAUCAAAAAUAAACUAAUUUUAAUGACGGUGAAGGUCCUUAAAGAUUACUUGAGAACAAAUAAUCAGCCUACUACUGGAGACAAAGAGAGACUAGUCCAAAGAUGUGCUGAUGGACUUACCCUAGGAUCAAUCCCAGAAUGUCCUGUCUGCUCCAAAGCUGUCCUCAACUACAGUAUCUGGACUGGCUUCUACUACUGCUCUGAUCCCACAAAGAAGUGCAGGGCCAAGUUCACUAAAACAGAAAUUAGAAGGAAGAAAUGGUACAAAGCCAGAGCCCUCUAAUUACUAACUUAUUGGAUGUCUUUUUGAUA